AUGGCGAGUAAGUUUCAAGCGUCAGAUGACUUUGACGACCAGUUCCUGACGUGCCCGGUCUGUAUGCCACACUUCCGGGAUCCCAGAAUCCUGCCAUGUCUGCACACAUUUUGUAAGGGCUGUCUGGAAGAAUGGGUCACCAAACAACAGCCACUGGAAUGUCCAACCUGCCGCACACAGGUCAGUCUACCAGACCAAGGUGUGGACGGACUCAAGACCAACUUCUACGUCAACAAUCUGCUGGACUUCGCGGCGGCAAAGAAAGGGGCGGAGCCAGGUGUGCCAUGUCAGAUAUGUGAGGGGAAUAGGGAAGGGUCAAAGUCUUGGUGUGCUGACUGCGCUAUCUUGAUGUGUGAUUCGUGCACACUGCUUCACCGAAAGUUUCCAUCUUCGAAAGAUCACGAAGUCACCACAGAAGAGAUCCUGAAGGCAGAGGAAGGUAGGAGCAAAUUUCAUCGCAAACGACACUGCGACAAGCACAAGAAGUAUGAACUGGAAUUCUACUGUGAGAUCUGCAAGACUUUGGUCUGUACCGCAUGCACCGUGGUCGACCAUCGGCCGGGCAAAGAUCACAAUCCGGUAGAAAUCGCUACCGUUGCUCAGAAAAGGAAAGACACGCUACAAGGACUCCUGCAAGACAUAGACCCGCGUCUGAAUGAAAUAGAGGCUUCUGUUAAGGAAGUUGAAAGAAAGAUGUCAAACUUAAUGCCUUCGAGAGAAGAAGCCACAAACCGAGCCAAUGCAUGUUUCAACCAACUUGUUGACCUUCUGCGAGAGCGUGAAAAGGAGAUCGUCGGCCAGAUUGACGAACAGUGCCGAGCCGAUGGCAAGGCUCUACAGACAAAGAAGGAAGCGAUAGAGUUCGAGUUGGUCGGACUGACGAGUGCACGAACGUUCUGUCAACAAGCUGUAGAACACGGAAGUGACGUACACGUUGUGGAGGUGGGAAACCAAGUGCAAACAAGGGUAGAAACUCUGCUGGCAAAACAGCUAGACCUGGAGUCCAACUGGAGUGAGUUUCAGUUCGUCGAGAACACGGCUGUCGCUAACUUUAAGAAAGCGAUUGGAGACUUGGGCGGCGUAAAAACAGACAUCGACGCUUCGAAGUGCGAAGUUGUUGUAAAGACGGCAGUUGAGGGGUUUGAGUGUAUCGCUGAACUGACGACAAUGAAUCAAGAAGGCCGUCCUUGUGUUACAAACAGUAGAGCCGUCACAGCCAACAUGAAGGACCCGUCUGAACACAAUGUUCCCACACAACUACAGAUGAAGUACGGAGGAGAGUGGGAAAUAUCGUAUGUUCCCACCGUCACGGGAAUCCAUAGGCUGGAGGUCCAGGUCAACUCAGAACAGGUGGGAGGAAGUCCAUUUGAUGUUCAAGUACACGGAAAGGAGACUCCAGCGUUGACUAUCGGACAGAAGGGAAGGGGAGUGGGGGAACUGAAUUGGCCGCUAGGUGUCGCGGUUGAUAAGGAUGGCAACAUCGCAGUGGUGGAGAAGGGGAACAAGCGAGUUCAGGUCUUCGAUGGACGCAGAGGUCGUUCUUUGAGCACUUUUGCUGUUGAGGGUGAGAAGGCAUUCGGUAUCGAUGUGGACUCGAAUGGGAUGUUUCUUGUGACGUCGUGGGGCAAAAAUUACGGCAUAAGACGCUACUCUAAGGAAGGUAAACUUCUGAACACGUUCCAGCCGGACUGUAUGAAACAUCCACUCGGAGUUGCAGUUCUGCAGGACGGCCGCAUGGUGGUGGCGGACAACAAACAGAAGUCGUGUCUCCUCCUUCAGCCUGACGGCAGCCUCAUCCGGGAGAUCGGCAAGGGGCAGUUACGCAGCCCGUACUUCGUGUCGGUAGACGAGUCGCGUGAUGUGUUGUUCGUCACAGACAACAGCGCACACAAAGUAUUCGCGUUCAACCUUGGCGGGAAAUUGAUGUUUGACUUUGGCAAGCAAGGUGACAAUGAUGGCGAAAUGAAAAAUCCCCACUGCGUAAGGGUAGACCCGGCAGGUAACGUUAUUGUAGGUAACGCUGGUGACGGCCGUGUGCAAGUGUUUGGUCAUGACGGGACUUUUACACAGAAAAUUGCAACGGUUGAGGAUGGUUAUGCGACUGGAAUCGCUCUAACUCAUGAUGGUAACAUAGUUGUGGCAUGUUUCCAUGGACAUUGUAUGGAACUGUACAUGUACAAGUGA